AUGGACAGAGGCAAUCUCUACAAUGGAAUCGGUAAUUUCAACUUGCCAUUAGUAUAUUGUCUUGUAAUUUCGUGGACUAUCAACUACCUAUUACUCAUUGCAUCCAACGACUUCAUGAAAUACUCAUGGCGGAGAGCGGCGGAACAAGUGCUGUACUCGUUGGACGUUGGCACGGGACAUUUGAUAAUUUACGGGGCAAAUCGCAGUUUUGGCAACAACAUAUUAGGUGGAGUGCUGCUGGUAGCUUUUCUGGAUAUUGUUAUUGCCGUGGCCGCCACCAUAGUUGUAUUUGCUACUGCCAACAUCGAAGCUACUAAGUUUCACAUCGAUUUCAAUUUGGUGUUUAAAUCCGGUCCUGGUAUGUUUUUCAUCGCUAUCUCACGUGUCCUCGCCGAUCUACCCUUUUCGAGGUUUUUGAGUUUCGUGUCGUUUUUCAUUUUGUUCGUCGUCUGCAUACUUACUCAGUUGUCCUUCUUAAGACCUGUGAUUUAUUUGUGGAACGCUUAUUUUCCAAAUCACAGCCAAGAAGAACCCCACCGUCGAGCUCUUAUAUUGUGUGGCACGAUGUUUGUACUGUCGUUAGUAACAGUGACUAAGAGCGGUGAAAUGAUUAUAGCAAUAUUGGACGAUAUUGGAUCCGCCAUGGGAAUACUCAUGAUUACAACUUUCGAAUCUAUAUUGAUAUUUGGCAUUUAUGGUGUAAGCGAAUUUUGCGUCGAUCUAGCGUUCAUGUCGAAAAAACCACCUUCUAUCAUACUGAAGUUACUGUUUAUCGGAAGCUCAGUUGUUACGAUGGUAAGAUGA